AUGCGUUUAUUUUUCAUCCGUCAUGGUGAAACUGUGGAUAAUGUCGCUAAGCUCUGCGCCGGUACUACGGACUCAACCCUCACCAACCAUGGCAUGCUUCAAAUUGAAGCGCUAGGUCGGCACUUUGCCACUGGUCAAAUCCAAGUCAACACAAUAUUUGCGUCAGACUUGAGUCGCGCCCGAAUCACAGCAGAAGCUAUUUGUCGCCAUCAGACGCCUUUACCAAACCAAUCACGCGUAUCACCUAUUUUGACUGAUAGUCUGCGAGAAAGACAUUACGGGAAAAUGGAAGGCAAAUCAUGGAUUCCAUCGAGCGCUAUCGCGGACAGCGGCAUCGAGACCGAUAUGUCCAUGAUACAAAGAGCGAACAACUUCCUCAAUGAACAUCUCCUCCCAUUGAUCCUCGCUGAUCCAGAAAAUGUCGGCAAUGUGGUAAUCGUUGCUCACGGUAUUCUUCUGCGAAGACUGUGGAAUCGUAUUAUAGAGCUCGUCCAUCAAGCUGAUGUACACAUUGCCCCCGGAAAGCAAAUCGACUCCAUGACUGCCGCACGGCCUGGAUGGUCAAAUACUGGCGUUGCAACAAUCAACCUACAACAAAGCCAGGAAGCGAAAUCACGGAAGCCGCACACAGCAGUCUUGCAUGGUUGGUCUAUAAUCAUCCUAGAUAUCGACAACAAAGACCAUCUCGUCAACCUCACGCGGACUCGCGGUGGCAUUGGCAGCGCCGCCCACGACCGAAAACAGAAAACCAUGGAUCGAUUUUUUAAAAGGAAGUAG